CUUUAUAAGUCAGCGAGCCAGGCGCCUGUCUUCAUCCGGCCUGAAGUCCCAAGAGUGCAAAGAUGUCCCUGUACCCAGCUUCCCCACACCUGGCCUCCCUGCUACUCUUCAUCCUUGCCCUUCAUGGUGCCCUGUCCCUGAGGCUCUGCUCCUUCAAUGUGAGGUCCUUUGGAGAGAGCAAGAAGGAAAACCAUGAUGCCAUGGAUAUCAUUGUGAAGAUCAUCAAACGCUGUGACCUCAUACUGUUGAUGGAAAUCAAGGACAGCAACAACAACAUCUGUCCCAUGCUGAUGGAGAAGCUGAAUGGAAACUCACGAAGAAGCACGACAUACAACUACGUGAUUAGCUCUCGGCUUGGAAGAAACACAUAUAAAGAACAGUAUGCCUUCCUCUACAAGGAGAAGCUGGUGUCUGUGAAGGCAAAAUACCUCUACCAUGACUAUCAGGACGGAGACACAGACGUGUUUUCCAGGGAGCCCUUUGUGGUUUGGUUCCAGGCGCCCUUCACUGCUGCCAAGGACUUCGUGAUUGUCCCCUUGCACACAACUCCUGAGACCUCCGUUAAAGAGAUAGAUGAGCUGGCUGAUGUCUACACGGAUGUGAAAAGACGAUGGAAGGCAGAGAAUUUCAUCUUCAUGGGUGACUUCAACGCUGGCUGCAGCUACGUCCCCAAGAAGGCCUGGAAGAACAUCCGUUUGAGGACAGACCCCAACUUUGUUUGGCUGAUUGGGGACCAAGAGGACACCACGGUCAAGAAGAGCACCAGCUGUGCCUAUGACAGGAUUGUGCUUCGCGGACAACAGAUAGUCAACUCCGUGGUUCCCCGCUCCAGUGGCGUCUUUGACUUUCAGAAAGCUUAUGAGUUGUCUGAAGAGGAGGCCCUGGAUGUCAGUGACCACUUUCCAGUUGAGUUUAAGCUACAGAGUUCAAGAGCCUUCACCAACAGCAGAAAAUCUGUUUCUCUAAAGAAAAAGAAAAAAGGCAGUCGCUCCUAGGUCUCAUAUUGCCAUUUUCUUUUCUUAAAGUCAUCCCUUGCUUCCAGAUAAAAUGGCCCUCGUGGGUCUCAGCUCUCUGCACACUCAGGAGUUAAGACUGGCUAAGCUGUUUUCACUGUCCACUCUAGUUAAUUUUGCCUGGAGCCAAGUUGGGAGGAGAGUCUUCUGUUACAUCACCCUGACCCCGUACACCACGGGUACCCUGUGAACCACCAUGCGUAACCUGAAGAGACACAAAGUCUAUUCCACAAUAAAUGCGUGUAUUUAUUACACC